AGUGUAAGUUGACAAAAUACAGGCACAUGCAAUUUUGGAAAAGACUCAGAAACAAAAAAACACCCAAAAAUAUAAUGCAAAGUUCGAUCAUAGCACGGCAGCUGCGGCGGUGAUACCAACGAUUACGCAUGAAUACAAAUUAGGUGGGUCUCUGCAAAUUUAGACCCACUUCAAUUUCACCAUACAACAGGAAAGAAAGAGUAACAGAUCUCUCUUUCUUCUUCUUCGUCGCUUUUUUUUUGCUAGCUAUUUUUUUUUUUUUACACUUUCUGGAGUAAGGAAUACUUUGACAUUUGCAGAGUGAGUAAGUUGGUGACAGAACUUGUGUUUUUGGGUGAUUGGAGAUUAACCCAGGUUGGUUUUUGGGGUUAAUUUUGAUGGGUUUCUGUCUGAUUUUGAAUUCCUGUUGAGUACAAAUUUCUGGGGUUUUGAAAUUUGGAGGGGUUUUUUCAUUUUUGUUUGAGAAUUUUCUCUCUCUUCGCAUUCUGGGGAUGUUAAACAAUCUGUUUGUUUCCAUGUGGUCCGUGUUGUUAUGUUUUGUCCUUCUUCUAUGAGCUGUCUUCAUUUAUGAGCUCAAUAUACAGAUGGCGAAAUGCCCUUAAAAUCUUGAAUUUCAUUGUUUCUCAGUCUCUCUCUUCUUCGCCGACUUCCAAUUUUGAUCACAAUUUCUGGGUUUGGGUUAUAAAGUAUUUGCACUAAUUAACCCAGUUUAUCUCAAUCAAUUUUGUUUAAUCCUGUAUUUGCAAUGCUAUCAAUGGCAACUAACAGCUUACCAAGUGAGGUUCUUGGUAUACCUAUACUAGAACUGUUGUCAAUCUGCAUAAAUUUGGCUAUGCUGCUUGUUUUUCUGUUAAUGGUGUCCGCAAGGCAGUUCAAUACCUGUAUGGGCCGUAUCAGGUUGGUUAAGAAUGAUUCGAACUCGAAUGUGGUCCCGGUUCGCCGAGGUUUGGAUUAUGAAGUUAGUGAAGUUGUAGUGGGUAUUGGGUAUAAGAUGACUGUGUUGAGUUGCUUCUAUGUGUUGUUAGUGGAGGUAGUUUUGUUAGGAUUUGAUGGGGUAGGAGUAAUUAGGGAGGCAACUCAUGGGAAUGUAGGCAGUUGGGUUCACAUAUGUUGGCCUAUAACUCAGGGUUUAGCUUGGUUUGUGAUGUGCCUUAUGACACUUCAUUGUAAAUUUAGGCCUUCAGAGAGGUUUCCUUUGUUGCUUAGGGUUUGGUGGUUUGCAUCUUUUGUUAUUUGUUUGUGUACUUUGUAUUUUGAUGGUAAAGUUUUGGCUGAAGAAGGGUCAAAACAUUUGUGUGCUCAUGUUGUGGGGAAUUUUGCUGCAACCCCAGCUCUUGGUUUCCUUUGCUUUCUAGCAGUUAGGGGUUGUAGUGGGAUACAAGUUAUUGGAAACUCUGAUCUUCAAGAGCCGUUGCUCGAAGAAGAGGCAGGGUGUUUAAGGGUUACUCCUUAUAGUGGGGCUGGGAUUUUUUGCUUGGCAACCAUUUCAUGGCUAAACUCACUUCUUUCUCUCGGUGCCAAGAGGCCACUGGAGCUGAAAGACAUUCCUCUUCUUGCUCCUAGAGACCGUUCUAAGGCUAACUACAAAAUUUUGAACUCGAAUUGGGAAAAAAUGAAGUCUGAAAGUCGUUUUGGAGGGAAGCAGCCUUCAUUAGCUUGGGCACUCCUAAAGUCGUUUUGGAGGGAGGCAGCUUGCAAUGCUAUCUUUGCUGGCUUGACUACGCUGGUUUCGUAUGUUGGUCCAUACCUGAUUAGCUAUUUUGUUGAUUACUUGGGAGGGAUAGAGACUUUUCCCCAUGAGGGCUAUAUUCUUGCUGGUAUAUUCUUUUCAGCUAAGUUGGUAGAGACUUUCUCAACUCGUCAAUGGUACAUUGGAGUUGACAUUUUAGGCAUGCAUGUGAGGUCAGCUCUAACUGCAAUGGUGUAUAGAAAGGGGCUGAAAUUGUCUAAUUCAGCUCGGCAAAGUCAUACUAGUGGAGAGAUUGUGAACUAUAUGGCAGUUGAUGUCCAAAGAGUGGGGGAUUACUCUUGGUAUCUUCAUGAUAUAUGGAUGCUACCAAUGCAAAUUAUCCUUGCUUUGGCAAUUCUGUACAAGAAUGUAGGAAUAGCCUCUUUGGCAACAUUGGUAGCCACAAUUGUAUCCAUUCUUGUUACGGUACCAAUAGCGAGAGUGCAAGAAGAAUAUCAAGAAAAGUUAAUGACUGCUAAAGAUGAAAGAAUGAGGACGACCUCAGAGUGUUUAAAGAAUAUGAGGAUUUUGAAGUUGCAUGCUUGGGAGGAUAAGUACAGAAAUAUGCUAGAGCAGAUGAGGGAUGUUGAGUUCAAGUGGCUAAGGAAAGCACUCUAUUCUCAAGCCUUUAUCACAUUCAUGUUCUGGGGCUCUCCCAUAUUUGUGGCCGUAGUCACUUUUGCUACUUGCAUAUUGUUGGGGGGUGAGCUUACUGCAGGAACUGUUCUCUCUGCUCUUGCUACUUUUAGGAUCCUCCAAGAGCCACUUAGAAACUUUCCAGACUUGGUGUCAAUGAUGGCUCAGACGAAAGUUUCUCUUGAUCGUCUUUCUACAUUUCUCAUGAGCGAAGAAAUCCAAGGAGAUGCAACCACGGUACUGCCUAGGGGAACUACUGAAACUGCCAUUGAGAUUAAAGAUGGAAAAUUCUGCUGGGAUCCUUCUUCUACGAGAACAACUUUAUCAGGGAUUGAAAUGAAAGUUGAAAAGGGGAUGCUUGUGGCUGUUUGUGGAAUUGUUGGUGCAGGAAAAUCAAGUUUUUUGUCUUGCAUCCUUGGAGAGAUACCCAAGAUCUCUGGUGAAGUCAAAAUAUGUGGCUCUGCCGCUUAUGUAUCUCAAUCAGCAUGGAUACAAUCUGGAACUAUUGAAGAAAAUAUCCUCUUCGGAAGCCCAAUGGAUAAGCCAAAGUAUAAGAGUGUAAUUAAUUCCUGUGCAUUGAAGAAGGAUUUAGAAAAUCUUUCGCAUGGUGAUCAAACCAUCAUUGGAGACAGAGGCAUAAACCUUAGUGGCGGCCAGAAACAGAGGGUGCAGCUUGCCAGGGCCCUUUAUCAGGAUGCUGAUAUCUAUUUACUUGACGACCCCUUUAGCGCUGUUGAUGCUCAGACUGCUUCUUUUUUGUAUAAGGAAUUCAUACUGAUAGCUCUGGCUUCAAAGACCGUGAUUUUUGUGACGCAUCAAGUUGAUUUUUUGCCCUCUGUUGACCUAAUAUUGGUACUUAGAGAAGGAAAAAUUGUACAGGCAGGGAAAUAUGAUGAUCUUUUGCAAGCUGGCACAGACUUUAACUCCCUGGUAUUUGCUCACAAUGAGGCAAUCGAAGCAAUGGACAUAGCUCAUCAUCACUCAUCAGAAGAUUCCGAUGAGGGUUCCAGUCCACAGAACGUCUUUGAUGACAUUGAUAAUGAAAGUAGUAAAUGUACAGGCAGUUUAGUAAAUGAAGGACAGGCGAGUAUGUCUUCUGCUGACCUAAAAGCAAUCAAAGAGAAAAAGAAGGCAAAACGAGCUAGAAAAAAGCAGCUUGUUCAAGAGGAGGAGAGAGAAAGGGGUAAAGUUAGUAUGAAGGUGUAUUUGUCAUAUAUGGCAGCAGCCUAUGGAGGAGCGCUAAUUCCACUCAUCAUUCUUGCACAAACAUUAUUUCAAGUUUUGCAAAUAGCUAGCAGUUGGUGGAUGGCCUGGGCAAAUCCACAAACGCAGGGGGAUACUCCUAAGACGAGUAAUGUGACUCUUCUUGUUGUUUACAUGGCACUUGCAUUUGGGAGCUCUUGGUUUGUGUUUGUGAGGGCUCUUUUAGUGGCAACCUUUGGGCUGGAAGCUGCUCAAAAGUUGUUUACAAAGAUGCUUAGGUGCAUUUUUCGAGCACCUAUGUCGUUUUUCGACUCUACUCCAGCUGGACGGAUACUUAAUCGUGUUUCUGUUGAUCAAAGUGUUGUUGAUCUGGAUAUUCCUUUCAGACUUGGUGGAUUUGCUUCAACAACAAUACAACUUCUUGGCAUAGUUGGUGUAAUGAUGAAAGUCACCUGGCAAGUGUUGCUUCUUGUUGUUCCAAUGGCUAUUAUUUGCUUGUGGUUGCAGAAAUACUACAUGGCUUCAUCACGGGAAUUGGUUCGCAUUGUAAGCAUCCAAAAAUCUCCUGUUAUCCAUCUUUUUGGCGAGUCAAUUGCUGGAGCUGCCACUAUAAGAGGAUUUGGGCAAGAAAAACGCUUUAUGAAGAGGAAUCUUCAUCUUCUUGAUUGUUUUGCCCGACCUUUUUUCUGCAGCAUUUCUGCUAUUGAAUGGCUUUGCUUGCGCAUGGAGUUGCUUUCGACGUUUGUCUUUGCUUUCUGCAUGGUUCUGCUCGUGAGCUUCCCAAGAGGAACCAUUGAUCCAAGUAUGGCAGGACUUGCUGUGACUUAUGGCUUGAAUCUGAAUGCUCGUCUAUCUCGGUGGAUUCUUAGCUUCUGCAAACUUGAAAACAAAAUUAUUUCCAUUGAAAGGAUUAAUCAGUAUUCUGAAAUUCCAAGUGAAGCUCCACCAGUUAUUGAAAGCUGUCGUCCUCCAGCUACAUGGCCGGAAAUUGGGACUGUUGAACUGAUAGAUCUGAAGGUCCGGUAUAAAGAAAACCUUCCUCUCGUGCUUCAUGAUUUGACUUGCACAUUUCCUGGUGGGAAGAAGAUUGGGAUUGUUGGGCGCACUGGCAGUGGAAAGUCAACAUUGAUUCAGGCACUUUUUCGAAUGGUUGAACCUGUAGCAGGAAAGAUUAUUAUUGACAACAUUGAUAUUAGCACGAUUGGGCUUCAUGAUCUUCGAAGCCGUUUGAGUAUCAUUCCACAAGACCCAUCCUUAUUUGAAGGAACCAUCAGGGGCAAUCUUGAUCCUCUUGAAGAACACUCUGAUCAGGAAAUUUGGGAGGCACUUGAUAAAUCACAGCUUGGAGCCCUUCUUCGUCAAAGAGGCGAAAAGCUUGAUUCACCAGUGCUUGAAAAUGGGGAAAAUUGGAGUGUGGGACAACGGCAACUUGUUUCAUUGGGCCGUGCUUUGCUUAAGCAGGCAAGAAUACUUGUUCUUGAUGAAGCCACUGCUUCUGUUGAUACAGCGACAGAUAAUCUUAUCCAGACUCUAAUAAGGGCAGAGUUCAGAGACUGCACAGUUGUGACGAUAGCACACAGAAUACCAACAGUUAUGGAUAGUGAUUUUGUGUUGGUCCUCAGUGAUGGUCGAGUGGCAGAGUUUGACAGUCCUGCACGGUUGAUGGAAAACAAGUCAUCUGUAUUUUCAAUGUUGGUGGGAGAAUAUACAUCAAGGUCAAGCAAUACAUCUUAAUAUUCACGAGUAGAAGCAGACUUCAGGCCAAUAGGGAAUGGAACAUGUUCUGUUUCAAGCCAGCCCUGAAAGAAACUGAUAGAUUCUGUGCGCCUACUGAGUACUGAGCUGCAUCCCUCGGCAAAUGAACAAGUGGGAAAGGAGGUCGGAAUUCCAUGAUGCUCAAUCCCAUUCCAGGGCUAUGCUAAGCUAUUCUCUCUCUGGGUUUUAAGGAAAAGAAUGCCCAUUGUGUUUGUUUAUGAGGUGUGAGUUGAGAUUAUCUGCUCAAUUGAGAGUUGGGGGGGUUGAUCAAUGAUCAGGGUCGGUGAUAAUACUAUCUGAAGCCACAGAAGAAUAAAAACAACAUGAAAUCGCAACCCAUGUUGAUGAAGAGGCUGCUGGUUUGAUUCUUUUUUGUUUAUAAAAUGUGUAGAGCCGAUUAUUAUCUUUGAUCCCACGUUCCCACUCCCUGUAAAAACACUACAGUCUCAUGAUUUGUAAAGAUCACUUCUUAAUGAUAUAUCAUUUCACAAUAUGGUUUUUGUCU